AUGUCUGUUUUGAUCCGUGCAUUAGAAUUUGUGGAACCAAUAAUAAGAGGUUGGGACUAUAGCAAGCCCUUAUUCAUUGGACUAGAGGGACCCCAAGGUUCCGGCAAGACGUAUGUUUCUACUAAACUAGUGAAGAAACUGUCAAUAAAAUUCCAUAAACUCAACAUAAUACGAUGUUCGCUGGACGACUUCUACCUCACUUUUGAGGAGCAGAAGAAGGUAGGCGAGCUGAACAGAGACAACAUAUUACUGCAAGGACGCGGACUACCAGGCACCCAUGACCUCCAACUGUUAUUGGAAUGUUUUGGGCAGAUCGAGAACGGCAGCGAUGAUGUUACAAUUCCUUUUUAUGACAAAUCAUUGCACAAAGGUAAAGGGGAUCGUGCCCCUGAGAAGAAAUGGACCCAUUUACAAGGCCGCAAAGUCGACGUAGUUCUUUUUGAAGGUUGGUUUACUGGUUACCGCGCAUACAAUAAUGAGAUCGUUCUGAGGCGGAAGUGGGAGGAAAUCAGAAAACAACAUGAGCCAAAAUUUGACUCCAUUAAAUUUGAUCACAUCUUGAAGCUUGACCACGAUUUGAGCCAUUACGAACAAAUAUGGGCAAAAUUCGACUGCUUUUUGUACAUAACAACUUCUAACCUGGCCAAUGUGUAUGUUUGGAGACGCGAACAGGAGCAAUCAUUGAUAGAGGACAAGGGAACAGGCAUGACUGAGGAAGAGGUGGAAGAAUUUGUGGACAGAUACAUGCCGGCGUACUAUCUAUAUUAUGAGAGGCUUCCUGAGAUGGAGAAACUAGCAAAAUUCAGCGCUCACUUUGACAUUGAUAUCCAUCGAAACAUGACAAACUAA